UGUAUUCUGUACAUACCAAGCCAAGCCUCACAAUGCUGCGUUUACUAAAACAAGUGGCAUAGAAAUUUGCAGGGAAGUUGCUGUUCCCAGACGUCCCUCUCUGUGGUGGACUCGCUCUGUGAGGCAGUGCAGCACUCAGACGGCGCUGGUGGAAGAGCAGGGCAGGUGGACCGAGAGAGAGGAGAAACUAACAUCACCUGUUUGGGAAAUCUAGAACAACGGAGGACCAAAAAAAAGAAGGAGGAGUGUUCGGAGAGCGGAGGUCUCGCUGUGUCAACCCAGUCACCCCACCCUACUCUCUCUCAUAUGCACAAACACAGACACACUCUCCACUUGCCUCUCCCUUCUUCCCUCCCUGUUUGUCUCCUCCACUCUCCGAUGCUGGUGUGGUGAACAGCAAGACACUCUCGGCUGAGCUGCAUGGAGGCUCAGGGAGGGGCAGGGAGCCCAGAGCCCAACAAAGAUAUCCAGAAGCUGCUGAAGCUCUCCAGCUCAGGUGACCUAUCCAAGGAGUUGUUUCACUGCCCAGCAGGGGAGGAGGAGGAAGGCAGCCUGUCAGGGCACACUGCCAGUCUGCUGCACAUCACCGAAAAGAGACAACCACUGAGUAGUGUGUCCUCUCUGGAGGUGCACUUUGACCUCCUGGAUCUGACUGAGCUGACUGACAUGUCCGACCAGGAACUGACUGAAGUUUUUGACUCUGAUGAGGAGAACCACAACGAGUCCCCAGCAGGUUCCCACCAGCCUAUGCUGCCCAGAGGUGGGUACAUGCGCUCCCCCUCCUGGACACGCUGCAGCAAAGUUGAGCCCCCGCGAGAGCGAAAGCACCACAGCGACUCGGACACAGAGCCCUUAAUGAAGCUGGAGAGGCCGAAGCAGAUGUGAUAUUUGAUGUGAAACAGGCUGACUGCAGAGAGAUAAAACCCCAAGCCAGAGAGAGAAGAGGCCCCCAUCUGCCACUGUGCACUCACAUGACCAUGGUGCUGACGAGUUCAGGUUGAACUCUGGACAACUAGGUCUGUACUCUAACUAAAGAUGUUGAGAUGUGCAAUACACACUCUCUCCUCCUCGUUAUCUCUAUCUCUUUCUCUCUCACACACAAACACACAAUUAUUGUGUUUUACAUGGAAGGAGUUCUUAAUGCACUCUGGGCUGCCAAAUGAUUUUAAGCUUGGUUGUGAAUGACAGACAGGGUAUGAGGUCGGCAGAAUAAGAUCACCUCCAUCCUUACAGCCUCUCAGGGUGGAAAAUAGCUUGGACGGAGAAAAUGAUUCCUAAAUUGUGGCCACAGCUUGUGGCCAGACCUUCCAUGUGGGACUCAAAUUGAAUUACCAGGAUAUGAUUUGAAACAUAAAUCAAUAGAGCUGUUUAGAAUAAAAUAUCCCACUGAGGCUAUUACUUAAUGUAUUGACUUGAAAAUGUGGCAGGUUGUUUUCUGUUGCCUGCAAUAAUGGUAACUUGAUCAGUGGAAGUGGAUGUCAGUGAGGCCAUGCUCUUUAUACCCAUCAUACUUUCUCCAUCUUAAUGAAGAAUGUGUGUUGUUAUUAUAAUUGCCUAAACGAAAAAUGUUGCACUUCUCUCACUGAAUUGUAUUUACAGUGCCUGUCCCCUCCCAGAAUUAUUGGCAUUUGGUGCAGAUGGCACAAAAGGUAAACAGACCAAGUAGCAAGCUAUAUGCAAUACACCUUUCCAUGAUCAAACACUUUGUUUCGAUCAUUCUUUUCUGAUUUCUUUAUCCUUUUUAAAAAUGAUGGUUGUUAGAGUUGCCGCUGCUAAAGUAAUUAAAGUUUGUCAUUCAAAGAUGGUAGACACAUUUACAUGAUUGGUGAUACUUGAAGCAGUUAGAAAUGAAGGAAGAAUCGCAUUAUAGUCAGGUUGACUUCAGUGAGCUUUGCAUGAAUGCCAAAAACCCAACAAAGUGCCAACUGUUUUGUAAUCAUCUUUGAAAAGAUUUAUUGAACUCAUGAUGCAAUAUUUCACAUCUUUCUAAGGUUGUAGCUGAUUACUUGAUUUAUUUAUCUCAUGUUUAGCUUGUCUAUACCAGGGGUGCCAAUAAUUCUGAAUGUUGUGAUACGAUGGAUCAAAAGUGACACUGGGAUGAUAGAAGAAGAAAUAAAAGUCUUGAAAAAGUGUAUUUUAUCGUGAAAUUCAUAACCUACAUUUUUGGAAAUGCAGCCCCAUUCUGUACUGCAUGGUGAGCACUCCAUAUAUUCAUUUACAUUAUUCAAAAAUGUGGUCUUCCUUGUGUAAAAUGUGUUGGUACAGUAUAAAAAUUGGCUGAGUGGGAUGAGUAAAGCUGAUGGAAUUAC